AGAGCGAGUACUGAUGACCAAAUAUCUCUUUUCACUGGGAGUCACAGCAGUGAUUGGCGCUCAUUCCCACAUAUUACAGUCUCACAGCCUAAAAAAAGACCAAUUCGCGGCCUACAGCCUUGGGAACUUUUUAUUUCCUCUACUCAGUGCAUGUUUGACGGUAAGUGUUAAAUUCUAGUUUUAUCGGUUUGUAUUGAAGCAAGCCUCAGCCUCGUAAGCUAAUUCUGCAUUUCUGGUCUCGUGGAAAUUACACCACACCUACAUUGUAAAUAAAAAAUAGGUACGAACCGCGUACACGUGGCUAGCCUAUUCAGCCUGUCGAAUACAGCUGGAUGUUUUGUGGAAUGUACAUAGAACGAACGAUGAAUUGUUACGUCAUGGUAAAUAUGCCUUCGCAAUUUAUGAGCAGCGGUGAUUCACUGCGCUUGCCCAUUGUGCCGGAAUUGGUUUGUAAGUUUGUUUUUACACUGACCUGAAAGGUCCAGUGUCUUAAAUCCCUAAUUUUCUGGGUUUUUUUGUCGUCGAUAAGUCGAGUUUGCGUCAGCGCAUCGCAGGCUCAGGGUACAACGAUUAAGUCAAAAUGCCAUCGACUUCUGGAGUUAAAUAUUUCGUAUGUAAUAGCCGGUUCCACGCCAUGCUUGUGGUACAUUUUUCGUUUAUUAGCCCAUACACUUGUACCAACGCGCAUAAUUCCAAACUCCAAGGCUAGAGUGCCACAGCCUCCUGUGACUUAUUCAGUCCAGUUUCAAAAUGGCGCCUUUUCACUGAGUGAUCUAUCGUAUGGAUUUUACGUUGUGUAGCAGGCUGGACUUUCUUGCGUGUUGAAUUAAUGUGUUUUUAUUUGUGUAACGACUUGAAAACCUCAAAAUUUGCACCCAACAAAUUUAUACAAUACAGUGGAAUAUAAACAAGGACAAAUUAAAGGUUUGACAGUUUGACCAUAAAUUAGAAAAACUAUAAGAGACAACUGAAACUAAAUAAUGUAAACAAGCAACAAAUACGUAAGCUUAACAUUCAAAAUGUUAUGCCACAAUAUAUAAAUUUAUGCACUUUUAGGCAUACAAAAACAAGUCUUGGAAUUAUCCUAAUAUGCUUUCAAGGAUUCUUCGACUCCAAACCUUUGAAUAAACAACUAUAAAUAUAGCUUCCUCCGCAGGCAUAGCCUUUCGAUUAUCGGGCAAAAUUUCUUGCAGGCAAAAUAUUAAUAGCGGCGAUGCCUGUCAAAACCCAAAGACUUUGGUCCAGCUAUAUAACCCUUGAGGAGCGACUAUGUUACCCCCACCUCCACGGGAUUAAUUUGUUCAUAUCAAAACAACUACAAAAUGUCAAAGACUGUGUUACCCCUACUCUCACAGGAUACGAUCUUUAUAUAUUCAAACACAAUUAAAAAAAUAUCGAUCGUGCAUAUCAUUUUUAUGCUGCAAAUUGUUUCAAAUAUGAAUAAAACAAAAAUUAGAAAAACUAUAGGAACCAACUGAAACUAAAUAAUGUAAACAAGCAACAAAUACGUAAGCUUAACAUACACAAUUUUAUGCCAUAGUAUAUAAAUUUAUACACUUUUAGGCGUACAAAAACAAGCCUUGGAAUUAUCCUACAAUGCUUUCAAGGAUUCUUCGACUGCAAGUAUCCAGGUAAGGAGGUAAACAAUCCGGCCUUGCGUGAUCAGAAAUUUCUGUGCUACAGUGUUCUCAAUUUCCCAUACCCAAUGAAUGAACUAUAUUAAUUAUCAAAAUUAAUUAACUUCAUUAAUUGUUAAUUGUUAAUUGUUAAUUGUUAACUGUUAACUGUUAACUGUUAAUUGUUAAUUGUUAAUUGUUAAUUGUUAAUUGUUAAUUGUUAAUUGUUAAUUGUUAAUUGUUAAUUGUUAAUUGUUAAUUGUUAAAUGUUAAUUGUUAAAUGUUAAAUGUUAAUUGUUAAUUGUUAAUUGCAUGUUAAUUGUCGAUUGUCAAUUGUCACUUUUCACUCGUUACUUGUCACUCGUCACUUGUUAAUUGUUAAUUCUUAAUUAUAAAAUUUACCAUAUUAAAACAUUUUCUUGGUAAACAAAACAUAUUAUUUGAUGUCUCAGCUGUACAAUCAAGCGUCAUUUCAUUGCAAGAGUCAAUUUGCAAUCUUACUGUCAGUGAGUUUUAAAUUUUUCUUUCUAAUCACAAUGCUCGACAAUUUGUAUUGAAUGCAAGCGCUCAUUGCAAAUUUACGAGUUGAUUAUCAGUUUCUUUUUAUAAAACCAAGCUAGUCUAAAAAGUCUAUAGCUAUAAACAGAACGCAAAUAUACCAUCUUGUUGGAUUGAUCGAUUACAGUUGACUCAUUCUCUCAUUUCCUGCAGAAACGGUGUGAUAGGUGCAAAAUAUCUUCCUGUGGCAGUCAAGUUUGAUCGCAAAACCAAAACCUUACAACCGACACUUAGUAACGGCACGCAUUGGAUUGAUGUUUGUUCAACAAAGGAUGAAGCAUGUUUACGACAAACGGAUUUAAACAAGCAAGGAUAAAGUGCUUAUGAAUUUGAUGGAAACCUAUAUAUGUAAACAGUAAACUAUUUAUACAGUGCAGUGAGAGUACUGGAUCCACCAUAGUGGCCGAUGCUACUUGAAGCGAUGAACCGACAAAACUGGAGUACAAAUUUGGCUUUCAGGAUUUGUAUUUGAACAUCUGAAACUAUAUAAUUUACAAAAUGUUUACUUAAAUAUAAAACAAAAUAAGGUUUAAAUGUUCGCUCUUUAACAGUAUAGCAUAAACUUACACUUGUCCAAGCUUGUACAAUUGACAGUUCCUUUGUUUCUUGAAUAUACAGCGUAGUAACCUUCAAAAACAACAGCUAUCUGCAUAAUAGUACGGCAAGCUUUCUUUUCAGCGAUUCAAGCGCACACAUGUCAUUCCUUCAAGUCAUCCGAUCAUGUGAUGCACGCUACGAACAGUUCCAGAACUCAACGAAACAAUAAUUGUAAAUGUGCAUGCCCACAGGAAGAAAACACUGCAAUAUACUGUAGGUAUAUUACUGUCCGGAAACUUUGCGUCUGGUCCACGGAUACAUGACGUUGCUGUACUUAUAUUCCACAUAAAAGCAUUAUUAUGAAGAAUCACAUUUACGUAAUUCAUCAUCUCAUCUCAUGAAGGCUAUGAAAAAUUUGCACGCAAUCAGUUAGGUCAGUGCCAAGGAAAGUCGCUACAGCACAUGAACUUAAUCUCCAAGAAUCGUGCAGAUUUUUGCUGUGUUGAUGCCAGAGUCUUUUCUUUUCUCGCGCGCCAUCACGAAGAAGACCCUGGGCAAGCGGCUUAGUUCAAAUCACACUGCAGGAAAAAUUGGAUUUACCACUAUAGGAAACACAGAGUAAACUUGAGAUAAUGCCGCAUUUGCGCAUAUUUACGAGCAAAUGAUCUGGGUUUGUGGCUUCGAUUUUCGCUACUAACUCGUGUGAAAAGGGUCAGUGAAUGCUCUGGCGAUACUCGUGGCUUUUCUCCCGUUGCUCUGGUUUUCUCCCACAGGGAAAGUUGACAAAGUGGGUUAGGAUAAACACAGUUGAGAUAAUAAUUAACAAUUAUUCCGCGAAGGCGAGGUGAUUAUCGGUGAUUAAAAACCGAGAUGAAGUCGAGGUUUUUAUUCACGAUAAUCACCUCGCCUGAGGUGAAUAAUUGUUUUAGUAUAAUUUCAUAGGUGAUUAUUUGGAAGAAAAAAAAUUAAAAUGCACAUUUCUUCGUCAUUUAAUUCACAAAACGGCUUCGACCGCCAUUUUGAAAAUCGCUUAGGUGAUUAUCGCGUAAUAAUCACCUCAACGGCAACCAAUCAGCGUCGAGAAUUUUCAAUAAUCGCCUAUGUAAUAUUAUACUAAUAUCAUAUAAGUGUUGUAAAGUUUAAAUAGUCUAGACAAUGUAAUUAAUUAGGUAAGCACACUUAAUUAUGUAAAGCGCAUUUAAUCAUAUGCAUAUGUAAUUUGCACUAUAGAGUCAUAGAAAUGUUAAUCCAAAUGGUAAGUGCUAAUCGUAGUCGUAAUUCGCUAAUAGAUUGUUUCUGUUCAGAAAACGAAUGUCUGUAAUCAAAAUAUUUUAUGUAUAAAUAAAAAAACCUAUAGAAAUGCUGGCAUCUUCACUUUCAAGCAAGUAUGUUUGUUGCAGAGCAGGUGGUAAAACGUACGUGAUUUUGUUCAAGAAAUAAAAUAUUUACAGAUUACUUUGACGAUUUAGACUUCCAAAGACGAAAUGGAUUUUAUGUGGUUUCGUCUUUCUUUUAUCAUUGUUUUAAGGUUUGUUCAAACAAGUGUUUUUACGAAGAGUGUAAAUACGCAAGGUAGGUUUUAGACAUGUUUUCGGUAGACAUAUAUUGGGAUGUAGGCUUUGUUUAAAGUAAAAUAUACAAUAUCAUUGAAACAUGUCAGGUACGUUUAUAAUAAAACAAUAUUGAUACAUACUUUCCACACCUUCUGUGUUUCUACACUCGACAUCAUCUAGAAAUGUCAAAAUUGGGACACAUUAGCGGUUUUGUCCAAGUCUGUGUAACGGUUGUAUUACAAAUCUUAUUAAUUUCUGUUCCUGCCGUUUACCGGCGUGACACAAUCUGAAAGGCCAAGCUGUAUUGUACACAAUUACAUUUUUUCUCAGGCGAGGGACGGGGAUAAUUAAUGUUUUGUGAGCAUGGAGCAAAUAGUCGCCGGAAAACGAAGGCUUCAUUACGCGUAUCCCUGUGAAAUUUCGAAAUUUUAUUGGAUAUAUAGUUGUCACUGAAAAGAAAACAUGUGCCGUUAAAUGACUUUUCAUGUCAACUGUAAACUGUUCCACAUGGAUCCAAAUCCAAUUAAGGUUCGGCGCUAUCAUCUCAAAAACAUUUCGUGUACAAGACGCUAUAUACGGUCGCCGAGAAAAGAACGUCUCAUUACACGUAGCAUUGAUAUCAUUCAUUCAUGUCAAUUCCUCAGAAUAAUCCAGAGGGUAAAUCUAAGGGUCAGAGCGAUUUCAUGUGCCUGACGCUAUAGUUUCUCUUGUUACAUUCUAACUAUAAUACUUGAAAGAUUAGUAUCACACCAUGGUAUUGCGAACCUUUGCUAUUGUUUUUUUCCAUUGUUAGUAAUACGGCAGCUCAUUCUGGUCUAAUGUUUUUCCAGGACCAGUUGAAACCUUUGUUUUGUUAUUAACAGAUGUUUCAAUCUCCAUUAUUUUUGUUGGUGACAUAAGUUUUGCUCGCUGUGUAAGGAAGUAUGUUGACCAUGGAUGCAAUAACUACAAUGACACUAUGAUAAAAGUAGCUGGAAUUAUCAGAGAAGCAGAUAUUGCUGUUGGAAACCUCGAGUCGCCGUUUGUGACUAAAAUGAUGCUAAAAGAUAGGUUUAACGGCCGAAAAAAAAUCUUUCUACACGCUGACCAUCGCAGUGCCGCUGCGCUGCGGUAAGUUAUUUAUCACACCUUUGAAGUAGAACUCGAUGAAGCUUGUAUCCCAGGGUGCAAACUAAAAUGGGAGGGAAAAAAUAUUUUAGGGAUAUUAAAUGUAAGAAUUACUGAAUAUUUUUGCCUAAAUUAUUACUAAAUAUUGAAUAUUGAAGAAAAAUAUUUCGCUUGCACCGCCGAUUUAAAAAAAAACUUGAAAUGUUUACGAGGUCAUAUGAAUUUGAAGACCAAACUGAAAUUACUCAAAAAUUUGAUUAAGUAAAUUGAACAGUUUAACGGAAAACCAGUUCAGUUGAAUGAACACAAAACUUCUUACGAAGCGGCGUUUGAGAUUAAUAUUAAACUUUCUCACAAAAUGCAAAAUAACAUACAUACUUACACAGUAUAUAUUUCGGGAAUGUAAUGAUUGUUGUAUAAUAGAAAGCAGUGGCGUAGCCUGCCCGCCAAUUUGGUCAUGCUAUGCAAAUAUUUUCACGUUCAUAUUUAACCGUGAAAACAAUCAAUUUCUAAAGAAAUGAAUAAUGAUAGUGAUUUGAAAUUUGCAUAGCAUGACCAAAUUGUCGGGCUGGCUAUACGCCAAUGAUAGAAAGUACUCAUCUUUUUCAACUAUUUCGCUGUUUUGUACAAAAAAUAUAAAAAAAUUAAAAUAUCGUGUUUUCAUGGCGUCACAUGUCGCCACAGUAGUAAUAUAGAGGCCGUUCGGGCCUUAUUUUUAGGGGGCCGCAGGGGGCCGUAGGGGGCCGCUUCAUUAUAUAUGCAAGUAAUUACUAUGCAAGGGGAGCCGCAUCAUUAUAUAUGCAGGUAAUUAAGGGGGCCGCAUCAUGAUAUAUGCCGGUAAUUAAGGGGGCCGCAUCAUUAUAUAUGCAGUUAAUUAAGGGGGCCGCAAAUUAUAUGCAGUUCUCUUAAUUUAUUAUAUACAUACCGUAAUAUUCACACUCGGCAAGUGCCAAGAUAAAACUCAUCUACGAGGCAUUGCGUAAUUGAGACGAUGUUCCUCACAUGUGAAAAAAAUCGUCCGACCAAUCAGAUAUCGCGGACGAUUUUUCUCACAUGUGAAAAAAAAGUAUCGAAUUUUCCCGCCAAUUACCGGCCAACGCUUCGCUCAGUCAAUCGCUUCGAAAUAUUAUAAAUGGCUUCCCCUUUUUGCAGACCUUGACAUUUCUGUCGACGAAUUCAUCGAACAACAAGAAAAUGAAAACACAAAGAGAAAAACUGAACAAAAUCUAUCAUUAUUAAAUGAGUUUCUUAGUAGCAAGAAUGAAACAGACUAGAAGCAUUGAGGGAGGACAUUCUUUCUGCGGAAUUAAACCUUUACCUGAGCGAGUUUAUUAUUAAGGUUCGUACAAAACAAAAUAAGGAUUACGAACCAAAUUCCCUGCGCGGUAUGGUAGCCAGCUUCGAAACACAUUUAAAAAAGAAAAACUAUGGUUUAAGUAUCAAGAAAGAUCUACAGUUUGAACAGACUCGAAAAGCUUUGGUUUCAAAACAAAAGGAUUUAAAACGACAGGGGAAAGGAAAUAAACCGAAUGCUUCAUCUGCUCUCAGCGAAGACGACAUAGCUGUUUUGUAUCAAAAAGACUUGCUGGGCACAUCCAGUCCCGAUGCUUUACUGAACACUCUUUGGUUCAACAAUACAAUACACUUUGGAUUACGUGGCUGUAAAGAGCAUCGCGAUAUGACUUGGGGCGACGUGAAGUUACAUAAAACGGUCUGUGGCGAAGAAUAUUUGGAAUACAACGAAAGGCAAACGAAAACACGCUCGGGGGAAAACACCAGAGAUGUGCGAAAAGUAACUCCAAAAAUGUUUUCCGUACCAGGAAAUAAAAGAGAUCCUAUUGCUGCGUACAAACUUUUUGCGGAAAAACGUCCGGCAGAAAUGAACAGCGACCAUAGCCCAUCUUAUCUUGCUGUAAAUAAUUUAAAGAAACCUGAAUCCGUUUCAUGUAAAGCUUGAUUCAAAAAAUCCCCAGCCGGGGUUAAUAAACUAAAUUCGAUAAUGAAGAACAUGGCUGCGAAAUCUGGACUUACUACCAAAUUUACCAACCACAGCGGAAGGAAAACAAUGAUGCAGGCCUUGGUAAACCAAAACUUUCCACCAACAGACAUUAUUCAACUGUCGGGCCACAAGAACCUGCAGAGUGUUACUCAUUAUUCCACUGUCAACGAGUCACAGCAAAUGGAAAUGUCGAGAACUCUCAGUUCAGUUGCCACUGGAAAGCUGAGUCAUUUGUCUAACUUGACCACUGGAAACUCAGGGGUUGAAGUUCACUCGUCGACGAACAGACAGAAAACGACAAGCGAACACAAUGUCCAAGAACAACAUGCUAUGCCGGCGCUGUUUUCGAACGCAACGAUAAGUGGAGGCAGUAUAAAUAUAUCAAUAAACACUCUCAAGCAGUCUCCAACACUAUCUAUAACAAAUGUGGAUAGCCCACCAAAAACAUACAAACGUUUAAAACUUCUGAGCGAUUCUGAGUCAGAUUGAACUACAAUUUUUUGAAACAGUUUAUACAGUUUUUAUAGCCACCGGUAGGUGGCGACAACUUGUCUAAUUAUGUAUUUUUAUGUGUUGAGUUGUCAAAUGGCUUCCUUUUGGCUAUAUUAGAUCUUCAUAGCUGUAUAUGUUGAUCUCGAUGUUGAUUGUUAAUUUGUUAGGAUGAUUGUUUUCACUUUUUCAUAUGUUAAACUAAUAAACACAUUUGAUUUGUCCUUGGAACAUUCAAGUCGAUUGACUUUGUUAUCAAUUGGCCACCGUUACAAAGUCCUUUUUGUCGAUUUAUCACAGUUCAUUAUAUAUAUAAUAAACAAAUUACGUCAUGGUUGGCUCGUUUGUACGAUUUUUAUUCACUCGUUGUGAAAGAUUACUAACUCACUCGUUCGCUGCGCUCACUCGUUCGUUAGUAAUCUUUCACAACUCGUGAAUAAAAAUCGUACGCACUCGUCAACCAUGACGUAAUCUCUAUAUAUGCAUUGACGUCACGCGGGCCUGUUCGGGCGAAAUUGGACAAAACUUGCUGACUAAGCCUAUUCGUCUAUUCUUGUUUGAUUUAACGAGCGUCUGCAUAAAUUACGGGAGCGUUUACUAUUCGAAGCUAGUCUUUAGUUGACAACGUUUGCAGCAGCUUCUCUAGAUCUUGCUCAAGAAAUCUUUGGUUGUUUGAAAAAAUCUACCGUUGGGAAAUAUGGUUGAAGAGCAUCGAGAGAAUAUUUGGUAAGUUUAAUCUAAAAUUAAAAAUUAAUAUAAUAGCGAGAGUUUUGUUUAUGUAAUCCAUUUCUAUAUUUUGUAUAGAAAACUUCCUACAUGCAUAUAUACUGUUAAGAUGACCGAGUCAGAUCAUAAGAAUAUAAGUUAGAAUUAGAACAGUUGUAAUAUAUUUUGUCAUAAAAAAUAAAUAUAUUUUUUUAUCAAAUAUGCGGUCGUUAUAUACGUUGCUCUGUGUUGCUAGUCAUUAGCGACACUUGGGUGAAUGCAUAUAUUAGCGUACAAGAUAUUUGUACAAUAAUCAGGCGGGCGGGUCGCGCGGGCGGAAAACAGCGAGCUUUGCAGGCAAAGGCUUACACAAGAUUUCAGUUUUAAAAUACAUUUAUUUCUUCAAAACGUUUUACAAAAUUUAUUAUGGUCUACUUGUUAUUUUUAAGGAGUUCUCAUAUCCUUGUCUAUCUUCAGAAGGUCUGUUUUGAAGGUUUGCCGGGUCUUCAAAGAGGGUUAGAGAAAUGGGUUAGGGGAAAAUAGCUACCACACAGGAUCGUACUUUAUUUUAUUUUUAUAAACUAAACACAAACAUCUAUUAAGGGCCAAUGUCACUAGGAGGCCAUAUGUGUUUCUGGAAAAGCUUUUCAAAAGAAAUUUUCUCUUGUCAGUAGCGGCCUCUAACGCUUCCCUGUACGUGGUCGAAAUUAUCAUCGUUAACAAAGACAUCCCUGGUUUCCAUAACUUUUUGUGUACUGGACCACUCUUUAGUUGUCUUAUCUUGUUAUUAUUAAGUUUAUUUAAUUAAUUCAUUUUCCGAGUGUAUAUCUUAGUUAAUUCAUAAGUGAUAAUUUUCCGAAGUUACACCGAGGAUGGUAAAACAACGAGAGGUUUCCGACCUAGCGCCAUUUUGUUUCGUGAUGGAUAUUUAUGCCUGUCGCAAAACAAGGCAAGCUAUUUUCGGAGUAUCAUUCUGUUGUUUGACAUUUUAAGUGAAAAUACGGCUGAAAGGUUAAUAAUGACGGUUUUGAAGGAAAAUAACAUUGAAUUGAGUAAGAAUGAUUUGAAGCAAGGGUGAAAAGGUAUAUUUAUCCCGUUGGUUAUUGUCAUGACUAUGAAGACUGUGGUGAAGGCUAUAGUCAUGACUAUUAAGCCUAUAGACUAUUAAGACUAUGGUGAAGACUAUAGUCAUGACUUUAAGACUAUAGUCAUGACUAUUAAGACUAUGGUGAAGACUAUAGUCAUGACUAUUAAGACUGUAGUCAUGACUAUUAAGACUACAGUCAUGAUUAUUAAGGUUAUGGUGAAGACUAUUAAGACUAUAGUCAUGACUAAUAAGACUAUAGUCAUGACUAUUAAAACUAUAGUCAUGGCUAUUUUCUUAAUAGUCAUGACUAUAGUCCUCAGCAUAAUCUUAAUUGUCAUGACUAUAGUCUUAAUAGCCAUGACUAUAGUCUUAAUAGUCAUGACUAUAGUCUUAAUUAUGACUGUAGUCUUCACCAUACUCUUAACAGUCAUGAAUAUAGGCUUAAUAGUCACGACUAUUCUCUUCACCAUAAGUCUUAAUAGUCAUGACUAUAGUUAUAAUAGUCAUGACUCUAUUCUUCACCAUUGUCUUAAUAGUCAUGACUAUAGUCUUAAUAGUCAUGACUAUAGUCUUAACUGUCAUGACUGUAGUCUUCACCAUAGUCUUAAUAGUCAUGACUAUAGUCUUAAUAGUCAUUACUAUAAUCUUAAUAGUCAUGACCACAGUCUUCAUACUCAUGACAAUAACCAACGGGAUAAAUAUACCUUUUCACCCUUGCUUCAAACGUUCUCACUCAGUUCAAUGUUAUUUUCCUUCAAAUCCGUCAUUAUUAACCCUUCAGCCAUAUUUUCACGUAAAAUGUCUAACAUUUAUAUCUGAUCACCUUGUUCUGGCAUCUUGAGAGAGAAUGAUACUCCGAAAAUAGCUUGCCUUGUUUUGCGACAGGCAUAAAUUUCCAUCACGAAACAAAAUGGGGCUAGGUCGGAAACCUCUCGUUGUUUUACCAUCCUCGGUGUAACUUCGGAAAAUUAUCACUUAUGAAUUAAUUAAGAUGAUCACUCGGCAAAUGAAUUAAUUAAAUAAACUUAAUAAUAACAAGAUAAGACAACUAAAAAGUGGUCCAGUACACAAGAAGUUAUGGAAACCAGAGAUGUCUUCGUUAAGGAUGAUAAUAUCGACCACGUACAGGGAAGCGUUAGAAGCCGCUACCGACAAGAGAAAAUUUCUUUUGAAAAGUCUUUUCAGAAACACAUAUGGCCUCCUAGUGACAUUGGCUCUUAAUAGAUGUUUGUGUUUAGUUUAUAAAAAUAAAAUAAAGUACGAUCCUGUGUGGUAGCUAUUUUCCCCUAACCCAUUUCUCUAACCUUCUUCCAAGACCCGGCAAACCUUCAAAACAGACCUUCUGAAGAUAGACAAGAAUAUGAGAACUCUUUAAUAAAAAUAACAAGUAGACCGUAAUAAAUUUUGUAAAACGUUUUGAAGAAAUAAAUGUAUUUUAAAACUGAAAUCUUGUGUAAGCUUUUGCCUGCAAAGCUCGCUCUUUCCGCCCGCGCGACCCAACCGCCUGAUUAUUGUACAAAUAUCUUGUACGCUAAUAUAUGCAUGCACCCAAGCGUCGCUAAUGACUAGCAACACAGAGCAACGUAUAUAACGACCGUAUAUUUGAUAAAAAAACAUAUUUAUUUUUUAUGCAAAAUAUAUUACAACUAUUCUAAUUCUAACUUAUAUUCUUAUGAUCUGACUCGGUCAUCUUAACAGUAUAUAUGUAUGUAUGAAGUUUUCUAUACAAAAUAUAGAAAUGGAUUACAUAAACAAAACUCUCGCUAUUAUAUUAAUUUUUAAUUUUAGGUUAAACUUACCAAAUAUUCUCUCGAUGCUCUUCAACCAUAUUUCCCAACGGUAGAUUUUUUCAAACAACCAAAGAUUUCCCGAGCAAGAGAAGCUGCUGCAAACGUUGUCAACUAAAGACUAGCUUCGAAUAUUAAACGCUCUCGUAAUUUAUGCAGACGCUCGUUAAAUCAAACAACCAAUCUUAAUCCCUCUAUUGUGUCACACACGUGGAGUGACGGUAAAGAAUAUGCUUAGUCAGCAAGUUUUAUCCAAUUUCGCCCGAACAGGCCCGCGUGACGUCAACGCAUAUAUUAAAAGAACUGCAUAUAAUGUGCGGCCCUCUUAAUUAACGGCAUAUAUAAUUAUGCGGGCCUCCUUGCAUAGUAAUUGCAGAUUUCACGUCUUGAUACAGCAGCUGCAUUUCAAGCCGCAACAAGUGCAACUUCAAACUGGGUUCAGCAGAACUCUUCCCAACAAUACAACCCAUGUCUUCAACUUCUAAGACUUUAUUAAAUUCAUACGAUUGAUAAUAUACCAAGAAUUAUGUUUACCAUCAUUUAUUUGAAGGAGUUUGUUUUGGCCGUCGUCGUCGCGUUGCCGUCCUAAUAUCGUAAGGUCUCUAAUGUCGCCCAUGCAUGUGACCCAAUUUUUGAACUUUGCCUAACAGUCUAUUCGCUUAAUUUCGCCUAAUUUCACCCAAUUUCGCUCUGUGUCGCCCAGUUUAGGCCAACGACGCAUACAACUUUCUUUCAAAAUUACCAAUGUCGCCUAUUGUCGCACAAUGUUGCACAUAAUAAAGGCGACCUUGGCCCCCAAGUAGGGGGCUAAAUUUCCCUCGUUACGCACUUUAGCACUCCAAUUCAACUGUCUUCUGACUGACUUUGGUCAAUAACUUAUAUAUUUUCAGGUUUGCAGGAUUUGACAUCAUGAGCCUUGCUAACAACCACUUGAACGAUUAUGGAGAAAAACCAGUCAAUUUCACCAGAAAUAUUCUAAGCAAUGCUGGAAUAGAUACGAUUGGCUCUAAUUUCGGUUCAUAUGACUCACCGCAAGUAUGUUAAUAGAAUAGUUAUGUUGCACGCUUUAGAACGAUUGUAUAGGCCUACUCUGGGGCGGUAAAUCGCCUUAAGAGGCUGUCUCCGUACAAACCUCUAGGUCAAUAUGGGUCUCAAAAAUAGAUUUCUCUCAUACUCUAGUAUUUUGAAGAUCUAUCCUUGGGAACAACUACAAUCGAUUUCAUUUUACUCAAAUUUACUUUAAAUGACUUUGGAGGGCGAUUGAUGAACUUGAACUCCCAAUGAAGGCAAAAUAUCGACAUAUUUUCAGCGCUAAAUCAAAUUCAUACCUAAAUUUCAAAAUUUUUGCUCAGAAAUAUAAACUUAUCCUCCUAUUUUCGUUGGUGAUAUGACUUAGAUAAUUAUUCUUUGGUAUAAAAUAGAAAACAGCGCAGUUAUUGACCCUCCUGAACGGAUAGCGGAUAUUGUCUCAAAAUAUACCAACUUUGAAAGCUUAUUUCAAAAUCGUGGCACUUGAUUGGAACAUGACUUUAACUUCCCUUUAAUCUACUGUACUAACAUUAGUCAACACAAAUCUUUCUGAUUUACCAUUCGACAAAAACUUGCAAAUUUGUCACCAUUUAAAGCUUGUCGAAAAACUAGAAGAAUAUAAAUUAAUUCUAAUUUUCAGAACCUUUCUAAUUGUUACUGAAAAACUUUAAGGAAUAAAUGUUGUUUAAAUAACUGAGACGUUCAAACGGGUUACAGCUGUUUGCACUGACUUGUUUUGUAUUAUAUCAAAAUAUUCGUAUUUUUUAUACAACAAGGAAUAAUAUAAAUUCUUGAAGCUUAGCGUUGAGCAAAAUGACCCUGGGUCGGCCUGAAAAAGUUGAUUUUUUUACACAGGACCGUUACUUAUUUGAAUUCUAGUUUCAUUGACAAUUGUUUCUCAACCUAGAGACAAUUCAGUUGCUAGAAAACUAUCCUGAGCGAAACUAACGAAAUAUUGACAUUUGACAUCACAGCGAGUAUAAAUUUCUUUCGGCCAGAGCCGGGGGUUUUCCCCGAGAUUUAGUUCGUACAUUCUAACGAAACUUUUAUAAAACAAAAAUUAAAGCCCAGCAAAUGAUUUUCAGACAAGACAUAACAAAAUAUAAAAUUUAUUUCAUCCUUCCUCUUAUUCGCUUAUUUGAAUACUGUAACCGUUUGAAACUAUUUGUAUAUAUAUAAUACACGCUUGUAAAUAAGUUUAAUUGCUCUGAAGAUGUUGUGAACAAUACAACGAAACGUUAACCAAUAAAUUUUAUAUUUUGUUAUGUCUUGUCUGAAAAGCAUUUGCUGGGCUUUAAUUUUCAUUUUUAAAUUACGCUUUCCACCCGGUGUAUCAAUCACUACUGUUUUAUAAAACAGUUUAAAAACGAUGAGAAUUUUGUCUGUAUAGUGUGAAAAAUUCUGAGUCUUCCAAUUUUAUUAAACAUUAAACAUUGAACAUUUCAUUGAACAUUUCAUUUCAUUUCAUUGUUAUUUGGUUUUUAUUUAUUUUUUAUGGCGUCUCAAUGGGUUCGCCGCUUGGUCCCACUCUUGCUAAUAUGAUCAUGACUGAAUUAGAAGAACUAAUUAUUAAACCACUAAUAAACUCUGGGGUACGAUCAAAUUCUAUAAAUGAUAUGUUGAUGACACACUUAUUCUUACCAAACCCUCAGACUUACUAACAUACUAUGUAACUUUAACUCAUUUCAUCCUAACAUUCAAUUUACUAUUGACGAAUUUAAUAACAAUGACAUCCAUUUUCUUGACAUCCAAAUACAUUCCUCUGGUACUUCUGUCUACAGAAAACCUACUCACACUGGUCAAUAAUUACAUAUGUCUAGCUUCUCGCUUUGGUCAAGAAAAGUAGCCUAGAUACGAGCUCUUGUCCACCGCGCAUAUAAAAUCUGCAAUACUGAAGACCUCCUGAAAGAUGAACUACAACACAUCAAAAAAUUUUGGUCAUGGAAUGGAUUCCCUCGAAAAUUGUCAUUAAAACUAAUUGAUCAAUUCAAACCGUCUACAACAUCUAACAUUAAUGUUAUACAUCAAGAUAACCCUGAUACUGUUCUAACUAACCCUGUACCUAAAAUCUGGCUACCUUUACCCUAUCUUGGCAAAUAUGGUUCCCGACUAACCCGCUCAUUUAUACAUAGAAUAACCCCACUACUAAAAUUGAAAUGCAAUUUCACCAUUAAUUGUAAAAGUGAUCAAACAUGCUACAUAUACUUCAUUUAAAAUCUUUUGUGUCGCUAUGUUUAAUAAUAAUAAUAAUAAUAAUAAUAAUAAUAAUAAUAAUAAUAAUAAUAAUAAUAAUAAUAAUAAUAAUAAUAAUAAUAAUGAUUUAAUAGCAUUUCCACAUAGUGGCUCUUCUAUGCUACAAGUGAGUUUGAUUAUAAGAUAACAAAGUAUACAAUACAUACAACGGAGUACAUAAUACGACACAACAAGUAUUACAAUACGUAGUAUGUUGUACAUUACAGUAUUUAACUAUUGACAUUACUUACACACAGUAAAAUACAGUAUAGUUAUACACACAAUGUCAACAGAGUUUACGACGUGUCACUAAUUCUGUUUUUGACUAAUGUUUUGAAGUACUCGGAGGAGGUUCUGCAAUAAUCUUUAAACGUAUCGCAGUUUCGAAUUUCUUCAGGUAAAGAGUUAAACACUCGAGCUGCUUCAUCUUGGAAGGUUCCUGAGAUAAUAGGGACUACUAGACGCCGGGCAGAUGAUGAUCGUAAUGGUCUUAUAGGAAUAUAUUCCUCUAAUUUUAAGUAUGAAGGCCAGUCAUCACAAUUCAUUGCUUUGUAUGCUAAUUUGGCAAGAUGAUAAUUCCUACGUUCCAAAAUUGGAAGCCAACCGAGAGACAUGACAUCAGUGAAUCUAGCGUAUCUAUUAAAUACAAAGCCAGCAGCAGCGAACUGCACUCGUUGUAAGCGUUUUAAUAGGUAUUCUGGUACUGGACUAGACACGACAUCGUUGUAAUCAAUUUUUGAUAGCACCAGACACUCCGCGAGUUGCUUCCGAAUUUUAAAUGGUGCCAAAUGUUUCAAUUUUCUCAAGACGGAUAAUGUCGCGUAACAACUUGAGAUCUUUUUGUUUACAUCAUCAUUCCAUUUUAAAUUUUGAUGCAAUGUAGUACCAAGAAGAGCCGCACAUUUAGUUCUUUUAAGUUCAAUUCCAUUAGCAUGAAGAUGAACAGAACGAUCUUCAUCAAGUUGGUGCACACGAGAGAGUUGACUAGUCGAGAAAAGCAUGACUUUUGUCUUAUUGGGGUUAAGAACAAGGUUAUUAGAACUAGACCAGGUGGAAAGUUUAUCUAGAUUGGAUUGAAUUUUCUCUUCACAUGACUUUAUGUCAGCUGGCUUACAAUGUGCAUAGAUGGUAGUGUCAUCGGCAUACUGAUGUGAAGAUAUAGAGUCGUCAAGGUUUUCAGAGAGAUCAUUGACAUAUAGGUUGAAGAGUACAGGACCAAGUAUAGACCCUUGUGGAACUCCAAAACAAACGUUAGUUGUGUUUGACACUGCGUCGUCUAUUUGAACAAACUGUCGUCGACCAGUCAGAUAGCUUGUGACCCAUUUGAGAUACUCUUUGGAGAAACCUUGUGAAUGGAGUUUUCUUAAGAUGGUAGAAUACGACACAGUAUCGAACGCUUUCGAGAAAUCUGCGAGAACAGCUAUUGUGACUUCACCUCUUUUCAUAGCUCGCUGAAUAUCAUCUCGCAUUGCCAACAUAACUGUCGUAGUGUUGUGACCUUUGCGGUAAGCACUAAUGGAUUGAUUAAGUACUCCAGUGGUUGUAUUGGUUACGAAAUCAGACAUUUGGCGGAGAACGAGUCGUUCAAAGAUUUUGGAUAGGCUUGGCAGAAUGGAAAUAGGACGGAGAUCGUUAUUCGAUGAUAUAUUCUGAACUUUUGGAAUGGCGCAGAUACGAGCGAUCUUCCAAGGUGAGGGGAAUAGCUGCUUCGAUAUGCAGUUAUUGAUAAUAUGUGUCAGAGGUGAAGCAAGCUGCUCGGCUAUCAUUUUGAUGUAUUUGACAGGAAUACCAUCAGGACCACACGAGCAAUCCGAGCGCAAAUUCUUAAUUUCAUUCAAAACUUUUUGAUAACUAACUUCUCGAAGGUGAAAUGCAUUAGUUGAAUCAUCUGGUAAGGUAUUAAUGAAAGACCACAAGUUUUGAGUUGGCUCAGGUAUUGCACCAGUGACACGUUCAGUAGUAGAAGCAAAGUGGGUGUUCAAUUCAUCAGGAUCAAUUCGAAGAGGUUUAGGAUUUGGAUGAAGUAUUCUGUGUAUAAUCUUCCACACCUUUUUUGGAUUUUUGGACGAAAAAGCUCGUUGAUAAAAAUCACGCUUGGCGGAUUUUAUUUUAGUUUUGAGUUUAUUUCUAACAUCACGAUAGCGCGAUUUGAAGAUUUCAUCGGCGUUGUUUUUACAAGACAUUUCACGGAGAACAUGGCAGUCCUUUUGAAGUUGGGCUAUGUCACAGUGUUUCAUCCAAGGUGCAGGGGGACGUGAUAUCUUAGUCCGUCUUAAUGGCGCAUGUUCGUCAAGACAAUCACGGAAUAAAGAGUUAAGCAAGUUAACUUGUGAGUCCGGAUCAUCAACGGCGUGUACAAGACUAAGUGGGAGUUCAUUAAAGCUUUUGGUAAAUGAAUCUAUAUUAAAAUUACGUUCAUUCCUGAUCAUCUUAAAUCGUGGUACAAACCGAGGGACACGGACAUUUAAGCAAAAGUAUGGAGCGUCAUGAUCACUAAUAAAAGGCGAAGGAAGAACAUCACAGUGUAAUACUUGUUGUUUCAUGUUCGUAAUUACAUGAUCAAUUAAUGUAGCUGAGUGUGGAGUCGUGCGUGUUGGUUUGGUCACGAGUUGAUCUAAGUUCAUUGAUUCUAAGACAUCAUUAUACUUUUUUGUGUCAGCUUUAUCAGGACGAAGCAGAUCGACGUUAAAGUCACCCGUAACAGCUAACAUCCCAUCCCACUGAACAGAUAGAUCACUCAGUAAAUCGUUAAAGUACUCUAACCAGGUUGUAUAUGGUAAGAUGGCAUCAGAUCGAUAUAUUGUACCAAGCAGAAGCUUACUAUACCGAUUACGACCGGGAAUUUCUAUCCAGAGAUGCUCCAUUGUGGGAUAACGUUUCUCGAGAUCUUGUCUUCGUUUAAACUUAAUUGAUUCUUUGAUGUAAAUACCGGCACCACACCUCUUAUCUUAUCUCUGUUAUUGAACGCGUGAACAUAACCUGGAAUUGUUACAUGUUGAAGUAAAAGAUUAUUUUCUUUUAACCAUGUCUCACUCAUCGUGAUUAUGUCAAAGGCAUAGCGUUCAAUCAUAAGACAAAGAUCAUAGUUUAACUAUCGAUCUGGGCUUGUUUUUCUAACGGAUUACAAUGAUUAUCCUGCUGAGUAAAUUUCGAGUAACCAAAAUUUCCGUGUCUUAUAUAACAGGCGAAAAUCAUAUCGGCAGUAGUUUUAUUCGUCAAAAAUAUUUUUGUCUGCCGAUUAAAAUAGCAGUCCUGCCGACUGAACAGAAUUUCUGGGGUGUUACCCUCCCCCCCCGUAAUUUCGGGCCUGCGUAGAUAUACAGUCUAUUAAAUUGUUAAUUUUUGGUCGUCUAUACACGUAAUCCCGUAUAACUAAUAUCCAUAUGCCUGUAAACCAUGUCGACAAUUCAGGUAGUAAAUUCUGAAAUAUGCCUCAUGCCCCUCGUGAAUCUGGAGAAUCAUUCCAAUGGCACAGAACAGAUAUGGGCCAAACGCCAGGGGCGUAGGAAGCAUCUAAAAGUUGGGGGGCACCUGUUUCCAAGGGCGACAAAGGCGAGCUAGGGGGAAGGGAAGAGAGGUAAAUGCAAUCAUAAAUCAAAGACCUUUGAGGCCGAAUCACAAAUGAGAUCAAACGAAAGUGACAGAAAGAACUUGCCAUUUGUCGUGCUACAACCGGAUUUCUGGUUCUGAAAGGCACAAUUUGCAGGCACAGUGUGCGUGCAAAGCAAGCUAGUCAUUUCUAAUUGUUUAACUGCCCCGCAUUGAAGUAGCCACGAAGACUCGCAGAACUGAUGUUGCUUUGCAACAUCCGUAAGUAAAAAAUGUAUCUGAACAACAUUUUUCACGAAGGCAAAGGGCACUUUGCCACCGGAAAAAGGGAUUCGGAUGAUAUAUCUUCACACUGUAUAACAGCAACUUUUUCUCAUUAACUUACAGUAACAUCAUUUUCUAACUUCAGAUAUUCUGACUGACACAUAUUGAUCGAUUUCAUAAACUUUAAGUUCUAAUAAGGACUUCCUUUAAAAUUGCGUGAUAAUUACAUGAGAUUGUCUAUUGUAAGGAAAUUUUAAAGGCAUUUCAGAAGAAAUUUUAGAAUUUAGAUUGAAAGGAAACAUACUACACAAAUUACAAGUCUUAUUUUCAGCAGAUAUAUUUCAAAAAUUCAGAUAAUUUUGAUUCUUUAUAUAGUACCUUGCAACUGUAGAGGUAACCCAUAAUAAGGCACAAUGCUAACUUUAAGCGUGCCCCACAUGACUGUUAUAGUGUGCUUUUAAAAUUACUUCACAAGAAAUAAGGGGCAAGGAACAUUGGUAAACCAUUAUGUUUACCAAUCAAUCCCAUUCCCUUUUAAUUAUAAUGGCUCUGUGCAUGGUCAAAGCAACCUAUAAUAUUAUUUACUCCAUAACAGCAAAUGAUCUUUCUCAUCAAGGGCAAUUUUGGAUCUGAUGAGUAAUACGCAUACAAAAUACUAAACUGUUUUAUAUUUUUUGUAAUAUUUUUUUUGGACGCCUCCCGUGAAAAUCAACUUUUGUAUUUGACGGGCUACGUCGUAAAAUAAAGUCAGGUAAUAAUAAAUAAUUUCGAAAACAACCGAUCGAAUAGCAUCACAUUCAACACCUCAAAAGUAUAGAGAUCGGAGGUUUAAGAGUAAAACUACUACUAAGUCGAAGUAGAAAAACAUCGCCGCAAUAGGAAAAAACUAAAGGAAUUUGCUAAACGAGCAUGAAUAAGCACACUCACCUCAUAACAGGACGGACUUUGGGAAGCAGACCCGCUGAGAGGGGAGGGGGCAGGGGGAGAGAGCAAAUUUCCCCCGGCACCGAGGAUCUGUCGGACCCUAGAAAUUUUUUGUUGGGCCUCUGUAAUUUUUCUCAGAGUUGUUAACGAGUCCUAUGUUGCAAGUCCAAGUCAAGUCACAAGUCAUUUCCUGCAAGUCCAAGUCAAGUCACAAGUCAUUUGGUCUAAAUCCAAGUCAAGUCAAAUCACAAGUCAUUCCGAGUGGCAAGUCAAUUCAAGUCAAGUCACAAGUUAUUUUAUCGCCACAUGUGGGCCAUGUUUUCCCACGCAAAACGGCAAAAUAUGUAAAUAUGGCGUCGUUAUUUUAUGUCAGAAAUUUUACCAAGAAAAAAAUUCUGUCGAUGCCAUUGAUAUGUACCAAGGUCGUUGCCCAAAUUGUACAACACGACGAUCGAUCGAUCAACACAAAGAUUUUGGAAAACUUGGUUUUCACUAGAUAUUUACGUUUGACUUGCGUUGGUAACAAGUCAUUUCUUGCAAGUCCAAUUCAAGUCACAAGUCAUUUUGUCCAAGUCCAAGUCAAGUCACAAGUCAUCAGUCUCUUUAACAAGUCAAGUCACAAAAAUUGCGACUCGAGUCCGACUCGAGUCCAACUCACACGACUCGAGUCUACAACUCUGAUUUUUCUGCGCGAAAUAUUUCCGGUUUUGGGUCGAAAUACAGGAAAUUCCCACAAAGCAUUUACAACGUACUUCCGGGAGGGGGAGAUUGCUGUCCGGAAAAGUUUUUCCGAAAAAUGUAUUUUGGAUAGGGCCCCCUAAAAUUACCCGCCCCCAUCAUCUCGGUGGCUCUGUUGGGAAGAAAAUGCUUUGCUCAAAAUGUGCUCAUCCCUUCGAUCGAUGUGCCAUUAGAUGAAUUUUAGCAACGAAAAUUAAGGGUGAGAGAACUCAGUUAAUGACGGGAAAUUUGAAAUGUUGAUCUAGUUGGAUUUUUUACUGCGACCAUAUCAUUUUUAAUUUUAUCCUCUUAUAAUGACCAAAAUAUUAUAAAUAAACAUUACUCCGGCCAAUCACUCAGUCAAUUAAGAAGAAAACAUAUAGGCCUAAUUCCUUUUUCAUGCGUUUUUCAGCGAUCAUUAAUACAGACGAAAGAGGGAAUUAAAGUUGGAUUUCUUGGUUAUUGUUAUAUACAAAGUUGCUUCAGCGUCAGAAAAAAGUACAAGGCUGGUCCAGCUAUUUACAGCGAUCACAUCGCCAAACGAGAUGUACUGCAACUAAAGGUAAGGGUAGGAGAAACAAUCUCCACACCUCCGACAGGGAGCUAACAACCUGCAUUAUAUCGGUUUUAAUUAUGAUAUGAAGAUUUGAAAGUCAUAUAUACAAGAAAAUAUGUACCCCCAAAAGCAAAGUACACCAAAAAACCACAAACUUGAAUUAUGGUCAUUAAAUUAAAGUUAAAAGGGCGGUUGACUAAUGAUGUAUCAUUUUAUGAUACCUACACGUGUAAUAUUUUGAAAAAAAAUUUUGUCAGAGAAACGCUCAGAAGAAUUUUUUCGCUCUAUUUACCAAAAUGUGUUACCUGAAUAUUAAACAAAACACUGGUAACUUGUAUAAUCUGAAACUUUAAGACUAAGUUUGCAAUGCAAAUAUACUGUAUGAUUGUUAUAAACUUUUCGGGUUUCUUUAGUCGAAAAACCUUGAGCGGUUUCACUUAAGGAAGAUGUACCACCCCAUUGCUACAUAAACGUUUGUUUGAACCACGUGUGGUUUUGGGGAUACGUCUAUUCGCUGGAAAGGAAACAUGCAAAUAGAAAAUAACUCCAGUGCUUGUACGGGUGAGAUAUUCUUUUUCCAAAAUAAUUGAUUCAUUAAUUUAGUCUCUGUACAGGUUUCACAUUUCUCAUUCUAGUUUCUGUCGUCACUAUUUUCAUCGGAUUAACUGUCAUAGUUUGCGAACAACUUUUUUAGAGGUCCGAACCGAUCUUUUUUCCGGGCAAAACCAUACUGUUUUUUUUAUUUACUUGACAGCCUGCCGUGCUACAUACAGACCGCAAAAUUCUUUUGCAAAUAUAGGACACUGUUUUAGUCCGAGUGAACAAGUGCAUUUCUCCUUGCACUUAAGAAGUGCUCUUUUUCUUCCUCUUUCUUCUUUCUUGUUUCUUCUUUCGCUUGGGCUUUCUUUUUUUUCUGUUCUUUGAUGUUUUUCGUCAAUGUACUUGGGUAACUCUGGUUGAAGCUUUUUCCAUGUUAGGUUUAACUUUCUUUACUGUGAGCAUCCUUGGAUUUCCUCUAGCUUAACGUUAUUUCUUUCUGCCAUAUCUUUGACUACUUUAGGCGCCUGGUCAAAUUUGUCAUUCCAAUACAAUGCAGAAUCUUUUCGUUUGUUAAUAGGUGACACGAUUGCAAACGUAUUUGUUGAAUCAGUGAUUUCUUGUUGGAUACAGUUUUCUGUUCUAUCGAAUUUGUUUUGUUAGAGUGUAUUCAUUUUACGAGUCAAGCUCGAGCCCGAGUCAAGCUCGAGUCACGAGUCCAUUUCGAGUCAAGCUAAAAAUUUCUAACUGUAUACAAUCGUCUACACACUUCCCAGAAAAAGCUUUCUCACACCCUCGACACACCUCCGAAAUCAACUGUUAUACUUCCUGUUUACCUUAAAAAUAAAGGUUACCAGCCUGUGUGGGAGUUAUAUUUAUGAAAUUGUAACAAUGGCCUCUGGUGAAGGUAUAGUAAAAGCAUGGUUUUCUUAAAAAUAUGUUUGCAAUCUGUUUCAAUCAUAUUAUAUAAACCGUUACGAAGUCUUGCAGUUUUUCAUCUACCUGUCUUUUAAGGUCCAUACAUGUACAGACCGGACGCGAUUCGGCGACGCGACGCGAAUUAUCAAUGACAUUUAACUUCAACUUCAAAUAUUCGGAAUCACUUAAGCAAUUUUAACUAUUUGGUCUGCAUAUCUUGUGAAAUUUUUAACCGUUCACAGUUUUAUUUGUUUUUAAAAGCUGAAAAUUCGCGUCGCGUUGCCGAAUCGCGUUCGGCCUGUGUGGGCCUUAAAGGUGGUUUGCUAUACUUAUUUUAAAAAUUAAAGAUUUUCUCAACAAUGACGUCACAACAUGGCGGAUAUUUUAAGUUUAAAGUAAUUUAACUUAGUUAAAAUUUGGGUAAGUAAUGCGUUUCUUUACGUCUUAAAUUAUGGCAUUUCAAUAAUAUUAAAAAAAAGACUUUGCAAAGCCUGGACAAACGGUUGUCGGCUUACCCGCUCGCAAAUUAGGAAUUACCGGAUUUCUCACAAACAGAUCUAGAAUUCCCAUAGUCGUUGUCUUACUUGUCUGUACACGGGCUCGUCCACAGUCCCACAAAUAUAUAGCGGUUCCAUGGCCUUUUCCUCAAUAUGACGCCCAGGCAUAUGGGGAUAAACCAUCGCAUUCUCAUGAUUGAACGCGAGAUAAGCGACUGGGCCGAGUCAGGUUGGUGGAACAACAAACAACAAGCGACGGUGAGAAUGUAAAUAAAGUAAGGCGCGCUAUUUCAUAAAAUAUACUUACACGCAUCAAAAUUGGAAAUUAAACUAUAAAAAUGGUCAAAUUAACGUAAAAAGUGCAAAAACGAAGUCUAUAGGUUGACUCGGGUUUGACUCGUGACUCGAAAUUGACUAGUGACUCAUGACUCGUGCUUGACUCGGGUUCGAUCUUGACUCGUGAAAUGACCUAACUCGUUUUGUUGCAUAAAGUUCACAUCCAAGUAUUAAUAAAAGUGUUAUACCGUCUUAUUUCGCAGUUUUCUGUAACACUGCUUUCGUUGCAAAACUAUCCCAGAUUACGGAAGGAAUUAACAAGAACACUUCCUUAUUAAAUGUCUGCAUUUCGCUGAAUAUGGAAUCAUUUACCUUUCUGUAACCGUGAUGCAAAUUCUUGAAAAAAAUAGGUCUAUUACGCAGAAGGUCAAAUGUGUAUAGACCAUUGGAUUCUUAUUGUUAGCCUCUCCUUGUAUGCUAUAUGUUACGACCACAUGUACGAGUUGUGUGCUUGAUUAUAUACAUAAUAAUAUACAUAAAGAUAUUACUCGACUGUGAUUGAUUGAUUUCAGUGCAGUUAAUCCCAAACAGCAGUGUGAUUUUCUGUAAUCACAGUGCAAUUUUCUGUAAUCACAGUGCGAUUUUUUGUAAUCACAGUGCAAUUUUCUGUCAUUACAGUGCAAAAAUCUGUAACAAUCUGAUCUUGUUGGUGAAAAAACAUUGUGAUGAUUGAAUUAAACAAUCAGUUUAAAGCAAUUUAGUUUAAUUAAAGAAGUAACGGUCACAGAUUGCUUCAAAACAAAACAAACAUGGAGCCGCGCUACACAAGGUAAAAGUUGCCUUCGCGUGGAAAAUAUGGCUUUUAUCUUUAUUUUUAAUUUUUAAAUGGGAAAGCAUUUACCUUUAUAGUCUAGGUCAUGUAUAUGAGUUUGUAUGCAUUUUAUUUAGGACAGAUAAUCUCAACUGUUUUAGGGAAAAUUGGGCAUGACGGUCGACAUGGUGACGCUGCCAGAACCCCAAUCCGGGGCGAAGCGUCCAAAACUGACCACAUCCAAAAACGACGCUCUCGCCAUAGUGCUAUUUACCAAACCAUAAUACCUUUGGCUAUUUUGAGGUGCUUUUAUAUGGUUCAAAGAUGGUGCUUUUAGGGGUAGUCAUUGGGUAGUGUGAAAUGCCUAGCACUGAUAUUUCACAAAAAAAUGACCAUGCAAUACUCAUAGUCAAACGUCAAUGUGUGACAUACAAAUUCAGAUAAACAGCAGUGGACCUACAUUACCUUUUUUCCUAAAUCGAUUUUAUAGAAAUAUAAUUGGUACUUAUUUAAGUAUAUUAUCGCUGCUUUGGUGUACAAUAGUUGAUACUUUGUGACCGAAAUAAUAAUUUGAAAUGUAUCUAGCUCCUGCAAAUUGACGUAUGUGGCCAAAUUCUCCACUUUACUCCGCUGUUUAUCGCCAAUCUCGUUGUAAUCCUUCCAAGUAUUUACGGGAGCUCGGACAUAAUGGUAUCAAGCACAUUUUAAAGAAGUUUUAAAUAGGUUUCAAGCAGAUCCUAGCUGUUUAACCAUCGAGAAGGUAAACCCCCAACUUUGUCCAAAUUCGGCGACAUUUUGUCAUCACAUGUCGGUUGUCUACAAUUCGGCCCUGUUAUUCUUCCAACCAAGCCAUUUUGAUUGCACUAAUAACAAUUUAACACUUUCUUAAGGGGGGUUUCAAAAUAAAUAUGUAAACAAAAUAUAACAAAUGCAGCAUUAUAUCGCCCUGGAAAAUGUUGCUGACGAGUCUUUCAAAACAUUCCGUACAAAUCUCGCGUGGCAAAAUAACAGGGCCGUGACAGGGGUGGUAGAUUUUUUCACGAAGAUAGAAGGAGGCUGUGUGAAAUGGACUAAAAACUAAAUACAAUCAUGCAAACGUUUGUUUUAUUUCUUGUAGCGACAAUAUGAAUAUGUCAUACUAUAAAUUAAGUGUUGAUUCUUGUCUUAGAGCACUGCUAUUACUGUAAUGUAUGUCGGUUUUUAUACUGAUAUUUAUUUGCGACAACUGCUCGAGGGUCAGAAUCCGUUGAAGCAUUGCUAUGGCCAAAAUCAUCGAGCUACACGUGUACCCUAUAUUAUAGGAUUCAUUUCCCGGUGAUUCCGCAUGUCGUAAACAAUCAGAAGCGAUUGACUGUAAUAAUGGUAAUUUUUUAACCAUAAGUGUCUUGUACUCCCAAAUUCAACAUCAAAUUUUAAAACUGCUCAAAGUGUUUAUCCUAUUCAAAACUGUUUAUCCAAUUGCGGUAUGUUUAUCCUAUUGCGGUACUAUCCCAUUAUUAUUCAAAACUGUUUAUCCUAUUGCGGGUUGCCGCUACGAUAUUGAACAAAUUCUGAAAUUCGCAAUUCUGCUUUUAUUUUUAACUUUUGUUUUGAUAAUUCAUGCAAACUUAUUGUGGAGGUGAGUGGUUGUCACAUAUUGUCAACGACACAAAACAUACGGAAUGAACAAACAGUUAAUAAACUAUCAAACGAUGCAUACUGUGUUUCAUAGGGGGCACUAUUUGAUGAUAAUAUUGAAUUUAGACAUUCAGUGCAGUACUAAAAUAGAAGAAAUAUUAAAAAGGAGUUCUUUGCCUUCUUCUAAUCGUUAUUAGGCUAUUACUUUAUUCACAGUUGUUAUGAUUGCUUUUGUUAUUUGUUAUCUUUCUUUUUCAAUUUUUCAUUCUAAGCGUGAAGACGUUGAUGUGGUUAUAGUUUACAUGCACUGGGGCGCGGAAUAUAAACUCCAUCCUAACAGAAGGCAACUGAGCAUAGCCAAAUAUCUUCAUUCACUCGGAGUCUCAGCUGUGAUUGGCGCUCAUCCUCACGUUUUACAACCUCACAGCAGAUCAACCAAUCAUCUCACGGCUUACAGCGUCGGGAACUUUUUAUUUCCUCGAAUCAAUGACUGUUUGACGGUAAGUGGUCUACUCCAGUCUUGCUUGGCUUGGCUACCUUAAAGCAAACUUCAGCUUCGUAAGUUAGUAGCCGGAUCCGCAAGGGGCUAUGGUAAUUGUUAGGGAGCGGUUAUUAAUUAUUUAUGGAUUGCUAAAUUUUUAUAAUUUAAAACAGGACCCAAAAAUACAUUAACCAUUUAAAAUAUCAACCCAAAAAGCUUGGCCGUCCCAAUACUUUGGCCCUAAAACUGUGGCCCUCCUCUGGGAUCUUUUCGACUAUGUUAUAUUAAAAUUUUAUUGGUGAAUUAUGUAAUAAUUUCCCUCAAUUUUGGAACAACACGUAUAUUUCAUUAAUCAAUCUCGUACAAUAUAAGAAAUUCGUGCUCUUAACACUAGUUCUGCAAACUCUUUCCGAUUUUGUGGUAUGCAGAGAAUCAGAAAUAUUUUCUUCUUCAAUAUAUGUCCCUCGCUGUUAGGAUCUUCAUUGUGUUCCUCAUCUUUAUCGUCUUCAAUGUCAUCAUCACUCCGAAUUUGCUUUUCAACAAUACUUCUUCAUCAUCAUCGCUGUUAUCGUAUUUAUCGAAAUCAUCGUCAAUAGCAUCAUCACGGCUAUCUGAGCACAGCGACCUAACAAUGUCUGCUGCUACAAUAUUCACUUUCGCCCGUUUUCAUACACCUUUUAAGUGAUUUAACUUUCGCUUAGCAAUAUACAAGUCCAGAACAGCAACUUUCAUCAUGAACAAUGUAAAUUUUCAAUCAUCCGCAUAAGUAAAGCUUGAUAAAAAUUUGGGCUUGAUUCCAAAUUCACGUACAGAAAUAAACAAAUUAUAUAAUAAUGUUUAUGAAUCAUUCUAUUUGGAGCGUAGAAGAGCAUAUACUGUGACACGAAAAAGACUUCAACAUGUCGCAUUCAGUCACGUCGAGGCAAUUUUUCUUUAGGAUUAGAUAAUUUGCAAUGACAUAAAUGAAUCUUAAAACAAUGUGAAACACAGCGUGUUCGUUCGCCGCCGUUAAGAUAAGCCGAUUUUGUUGGCGUCGAAUAUUCUUCGAUUUGAAAUGCCUCCCAAAUAUAUAGGAGCCCAAAGUCGGAUAAUAGUUCUGGAAACAGCUGGAGUUUAGAGGACACAUCGUAGAAAAAGGCUGGAAAUACUUGGUUUCUCCGAAGUAACGUUGGAUGUCAUACUUCAGGCAAUAUAUUUCUGAAUAAGGGAGCGGUCAUUAAUUAUAGCAAAUGUUGCUACUAAAACAGUGAUGGUUUAAAUUGAUCCUCGAAUCGAUCCUAUAAAAAUUAUUAAAAUACAUGUACGGUAGGUUAAUGAUCACAACCUUGCUCAUGAAAACAGUAAUUCUUUCGACAUUUACAGAGCUCGAAAAACAUUUUACCAACUAAAUGAACCUCCAAAAUACGUCUUGGAUUUCCGACUUCUGCAAAACGAGAGUUUGACUAAGGCACCGUAAUAAGAUUCCGCCGAAGUAACGUUGAACGCCAAAUUGUUUUAAAUACCGUAUAUAUAAUGAAUGAAAGUUCCCCGGAUUGAAACAUACUUUUAUUUCAAUACAGAGAACUUUUAGAACUGUUUAAUAAACGAGCAGCAGUGUUUGAUUAGGUUUAAAGCCUUGAGCGCGCAGCGCGAGUGCCUUAAGACCUAAUAAAACACAACCUGCCGGUUUAUUUGUUACGAGGCCUUAUUUAGGUAGUAUAGUGAAUCGUUACAAUCAAUCUCUAAUGACUAUCAGUUCUUAAUGUUCGUAUUCGUGAAGUAGUUUUCUAAGUUCACUUCAGCCUUUAAAUCUUCGUUGUCUUUAGUCUGUCUUCUUUGUCCGUGCUGUUUCGUUUUGAGUUUUCGUAGCUUUCAUCAUUUAAAUUUUACUUCGUUUACGUCCACUGUCGACUUUCGAUUGUGCACGUCCUCUUAUACUAACGGUUGAGGGAAUCUUUGUACACGUGGUCUAACAAGUGGUGUGAUCCGUAUCCAGCGAAUCAACGUUGAGUUUUAAAAGUGUAGGUUGGCGUUGUUAGCUCGUUCCAGCUCUCACAUUGUGUUUAUUUAAGGCGUUGUCACACUUGUCGAGUCGGUUCGCUGUUAAAUCGAUCAAUGCCAAAACAGGUUCACAACUUUAAAUACUUAUGCAGGUCUUAUAGUAAAAACUUCGGACUAUACCUAUGUGAACAUAACUUUACCUACAAGACUAAAUUUACUCGUAAUUUUAUUGAACUAAGAUUCUGAUGACGUAAUAUUUUAAUUGCAUGACCGAGUGUUAUCUAGCUUGGGAUGACUCAUGAUUACGCCUGAGUCUGUCCACGUGAAAGGUCAAUGUUCAUGAGACCUAAGGCAGCUGCCCUGUUUAAACAGAUCUGCCCACAAGAUAAACUGUAGGAAUCAGGUCAAUUAAACAUGACAUCUUCACAUGCACAAUGACAGCUAGUUCAACAAACUGUCACGGUCUAAUGGAAGGAAAUAAUCAAUAUUUACUUUAUUUUGACAUGUGCCCAAAUAUCCAUUAUCUCCCCUCAUUAGGCUUUUAGUAAUAUUUACUUGCACGAGCUUUUAAGCUGCUCUCAAGCAAUUUUUAGCCUACAAUUUUAUGUAUAAGUAAUAAUGUUUCGUAACAUAUUAAACGGCUUGAAACACGACUACAAAUUUAAUAGAUAUACUGCCUUAUUAGUAUUCCUUAUAUAAAGAAUACUAUUGAGGACACGACUGCGCCUUAUUAGUACUCUUUAUAUUAUACAGAUAACUAAUUAGGAGUGUUUUAUCAGGUUUAAAGCCACUACGAGUGACAUAUUCUGAUUGACAUGAUAUGCCAAUAAGCUUAUGAAUUAUUGAUGCACUUUUCAGGACUACAAGAAUAUAUCUUGGAAUGAUCCAACAAAGCUCUCCAGGAUUCUUCGUCUCCAAAUAACUAGGUAAAGGAGUAAACAGUUAGGCAUUGCUUGUUGCAGUGAUUACUGUUAAGUCUUAAUUAAUUUUGCAGGUUCGCAUGACAAUAAAUUAAACAAUUAAUAUUUUUUGUUUGUCGAGACACCACAUAAAUGUACUAUUGCAUUACUAAAUUUACGUGGUGUUUCCGCAAACAAGAAGUUUUAUAAAAUACUAUGUUGUUUGAUUGCAUUGUGUAGCUAUAUAUUAAUUUUCCAUUUACCUAUACCGCAUCCAUUUACCUAUGACACAUGUUGUAAUAAAUACAGUUUGUUGUUCCAUAUCACUGAAGGAAAAAACGAACACCCACGUCUGUUUUCCAUUUAUUGCAAGACUCGACACACAGGCUGGCUACGAGUGCUAUUUCAUCGCAUCGCAAUGCUGGAAAAUUUAUCUUAAUUGGAUGCAAACACGCCAGGGAGCUUUCGAAUUCAUUCUCACGAUGAGGGAAAAGAGCGCUCAGACACUUAGUGGGAACAAAAGAAACAGGAACUAUUUUUCGACAAUUGCGGGCAGUCGUGAAACAUAUUGGCAGUCCAUAAAACAUUAAAUUAUUUCCCGAAGCUGAAGUGCCAGUCAAUUAUAGGAUUUAAUAUUUAUACCAAGGUUCAAAGAAAACUAAUGAACGUAGAAGAAACAAAACAGGUCCAAAUAUUUUCUCCAUAACUGACGAAUUUUCUUUUCACCAGUGGAUAAAAUAUUGUUCCCGGCUCAGAAUGUUGUCAGAAAAGUUCCAGGAAUUUCAUGACUUUCAUUUCGUAAGUCCUCAUCCUAUGAGAUGCAAGAACGCAUAAACUUUGCCAUUUCGUUUAUAAUGAAUAACAAUUACGAGCCUCCUUAACGAUUUUCAUAUUCGACAAUCUUCGUUCACCUUCGAUUUCUAGUUUUCUUAACGGACUUCAUUCAAAUAGAAAAACGUAGGAUCAUCUUACGACGCUAUUUACAUCAGUUUUUACAAGAAUACUGACUAACUGUAGAUUAAUAUGCAAGUGUUUCUUUUUCUUAGUGAAAAUUCGACCAUCGUGGCAAUUUUCCAUAAAAUCUAGCCAGUCAACAAAGUCUAUAAGUAUAAACGGAAAGCAAAUGUAGCAUUUUCUUGCAUAGAUCGAUGUCUCAUUUUCUUAUUUCAUCUAGAAACGGCGUGAUAGGUGCAAAAUAUCUUCCAGUGACAAUCAAGUUCGACCACAAAACCAAAACAUUGCAACCGACACUUAGUAAUGACACGCAAUGGAUCGAUGUGUGUUCAACAAGGGAUGAAGAAUGUUUACGACAGACGAGCACAAGCAAGGAUAAAGUGCUUCCAUAG